GCUCUUUCUUGAAUUCUUAUAUAUUCUGCUAUUAUAAUUUGCUUGGCAAUAUUACUUUUUAGCUGAAACAAGAUCAAGAUGAAGCUUUUCCAGCUCUUUAUCACUGCAUCGAUUCCAGUCUUGAAAACCCUAUUGAUUACUGCCCUUGGCUCAUAUCUUGCAACUGAACGCGUCAAUAUUCUGGGGGAAGACAGUAGGAAGCACUUAAACAGUGUUGUAUUUUUCGUGUACAAUCCAGCCCUGGUUGGUUCCAGCCUUGCCCAGACCAUAACAUAUCACAGUAUGAUUAAGCUGUGGUUCAUGCCUGUGAACGUCGGCAUGACCUUUAUUGUUGGUUCAAUAUUUGGAUGGAUACUCAUCCUGUUAACAAGAACUCCUCGACGUCUUCGAGGUCUUACUGUGGGUUGCUGUGCUGCUGGAAAUUUAGGGAACAUGCUCCUUAUUAUAAUCCCAGCUGUUUGUGAAGAAAAAGGGAGUCCAUUUGGAGCUCCUGAUGUUUGUUAUGCUUACGGAUUGGCAUAUGCUUCACUUUCAAUGGCGAUCAUGACACCUCCGGGCAAAAUAAUGAACCGUAUAAUGAAGGUGGUCAAAAAGCUCAAUCUAGAAACGAUCUUUUCCCCCUCAAUAGUUGCAGCGAUCGUUGGCUUUGUUAUCGGAGUCAUCCCUCCAGUUCGAAAAGUAUUCAUAGAAGAUGGCGCUCCUCUACGGCAUAAUGAGAGUCUUGAUGGUGGAGAUAUCCCGGCUGUCACUCUUAUAAUAGGAGGAAACCUCCUUAAAGGCCUGAGAGGGUCUGGGAUACAGACUUCUCUCGUUAUCGGCAUCAUCAUUGUUCGUUAUGUUGCCCUGCCUCUUGCAGGCAUAUUGAUCGUUAAAGGGGCAAUGAAAUUUGGCUUAGUACACUCUGAUCCAUUGUAUCUGUUUGUUCUUCUCCUUCAAUUUGCACUCCCACCUGCAGUGAGCAUAGCAACCAUCACUCAAUUGUUCGGAGCAGGAGAGAAAGAGUGUUCAGUUAUCAUGCUGUGGACUUAUGUUCUUGCUUCGGUAGCGCUUACUUUUUGGUCUGCCUUCUUCAUGUGGCUUGUCGCCUAA